UCAUUUGUGCCUGUGUCAUUGAAGUAUUGCUGUCUUGUAUGAUAAUUUUCCACAUGAUAUCUUCCUACAGGAAGAAUCUUAUAGGAUUAUAUAAAGGAUCCAAAAUACACAUACCUCCACGAUCAGAGAAAAGUAACCCAAAUAUAAUGGUUGGAACAAUGAGGUAUACAGGAUAUCAGGUUGGGUAUAUAUUGUGGGGAUAUCUUAUACAGUGGUCAUUAUUCUUUCUUGUGUUCAAUGUCAUCGCCUUAAUAAUUAAUUUAUACAGAAUUGGAUCUGCAGAUUUCAUAACUAAUCUUAUAAAACAGUUAUGGCCAGCUCCAAUAACAGCUCUAGCUUUAAACUUGAUCCAGCUACUUCUGGCGAAGUUUGUGUUUUUACAGGAAAGAGGAAACCUUCUGGCGAUAGAUAAUAGACGAGGAUUUUUCUUUGUUACCUACUUUAUUUUCUUCUACAACACCUUUUUGGGGGUAGUAUCAUGUCUCCUUCGGAUAAUCAAAGCAAUUUUGAUUGGUGCAUUAUUCCUGGGACGCCUUGAUCAUAGUACACUACCUCGAAGGUUCCAACUUAUGGAUCCAGGAUUUGAUGCCUAUGUUGGAUUCAUGCAUAUGGAGAACGCCCAUUUCAAUCCCAUUGUGUUAACGUUUCUGUCUCUGUUGAAAAGGAAGACAACUUAUGACACUAAAAACAAGAAGGGCAUUGACAAUGAACUUUAUGACAUCAAAUACACCAUGAAAGGUCAACCUCAUAGAUCAGCUAUCCGAAGAUGGCAGCUUGCGUGUAUGUUGCAUUAUAAUCCUCAACUACGCAUAAUGAGAAAAAGUUAUCUAUCUAAACUUCGACCUAGCAAGGCUGGUUUUGUUGAAUCAAAAAAUGAAGACAAAGACAAAAUUUCUGUCUCAGUGACAGUUCCAGAAAAAGAUGUGCAAAUGAAAGUCUGAAACCUGAACAAUGCGUUUUAUCAGCAGCCUUUUUUACUUAAACUUGUAUGAUAUUACUG